CGGCGAUGCAAAAACAAGAUGUCGAACUUUUUCUUGUCAGAUCGCAAAGGUUCUCAGGCAAAUUCAAGGAAAAGACAGGUUAAUUCAUCCAAGGUAAGGCUUCAAGUGUUGACAGAAAUGUAGUAUUAGUCAAUUUCUGUUGUUUUUUUAGUGUUCAAGAAGUUUCGUUGAAUUGUUUGGGAUUAUUUCUUCAAAGUUAUAUACACAAGUUUAGUUUCACGUGGUCUGACGCGAGAUUUCUGUGUUUUCAGUUCUCUGGUUCUAGGAACAAGAAACCAAAGGGUAAACAGUCAUUUAAAAAAACUGAUUACAUAGAUGAAGAUGAGCUUGCAAGUGAAUCGGACGUUACUAGGUAAAUCGUUUGGUUUAGAUUUUGUUCAAAAGUUGGAACGUGGCGACGACCUCCGCAUGGAUCAAUUACCCUGGGAUUGACCCAGUUCUAAAAGUUUAUUUUUGUUUCAGUGAUGAGAACGAACAAACAGAUGAGCAGGUUGUGGAUGAGGAGACAGCUCAAGAAAAACGACUUCGUCUUGCUAAGCAGUAUCUUGCUCAGUUAGAGAAAGAAGGUAUACUUGAAAGAAGAUAUUGAGACUAGUUGACCUUGAUCAUGAAGCUCUACAGCAGAGCCAUCUGUAGCACAGUUCUAUCAGAACCGUCUAGGAAAGGGUGGAUUUUUCAUGAUGGCCUCUAGUUAUGUUUCCAGCUAUUAAACCAUUCAAAAUUAAGCAGUCAUUGUAUUGGCUUUUUCAUCAUGUUUCCUGUUCACACAAAAAAUAAUAGAUUUAGUCUGAUCAGUGCAGUGUAAGACAGUGGUCACUGUGAAUAUUAUCAGGGGCGUAGCGUGAGAUUGUGAAGAUAUAUGCACGGAAAGAAAAGUAGGGGGUUCUGGGGGCAUUCUUCGCAAGAAAUUUUUAAAUUUAGGGUCUCGGAAAUGCAGCCAUUUCUUGCGUUUUCCGUAGGACAUUUUCAGUAAAUAAAAAAAGGACAGUGCACUAGUUAGUUUUUAACAGUGAUGUGAUGCCAUUAUGGAGGUCUCAAGCAAGGGGCGACCUGCAGAGAGACACUGGUAUCAUGCAAAAAAUUUAUUAGUCAUUCUGAUUUUAUGAUAAAAAUGUUUUAAGAAAAAAAGAUGUUUUAUUAGAUUUCAGCUGUACGCACUCGUGUAUGUGCAUAUAUGGACGCUACGCUCCUGAUUAUCUGAACUUGUGUCCAGGUAAGCGAGGUAAAUGAUAUUGUUGAAUGAUAUUGAUAUAAUUUGAUUAUUUUUGUUCUUUUUCAGAGCAAAAUAAAAAAGACUCAGAGGACAUAGAUCAUGAUGCUAUAGCUCACAGACUGAAACAAGAUGUUGUGAGUAUGGAUUCUUAUAAGGUUCAUUCCAAAUAGUCACUCAUUUAGAGUAAGUAGAGUAGAUACACUCAUUUUGUGUCUCAAACAGUGUGGCACUGACUCCAAAAAUGAUCCUGAAGAGUUGUAAACUAGCUCUCAUUCCCCUGUUUUCUACAGUUUGAUGUGUGACUGUCUGUGUGGUCAGAUAGCCUGAAGACAUGCAAAAAACCUUCGCCUGAUCGAGAGUUGGCUAUCAGACAGCCAACAAGUUUUUGGGAGAGUUGUUCUUAAUUCUUCCAAACUUAAAGCAUUUUUUUGUCUUUUUGAGUUAACCUUUCAGAUGUUGAUGUAUUGUUUUUAUUGCAGCUUGAACAAAUUGGAAAACUGCAGAAAAGAAUAGCUUCUCAGGUAUCAUAAAUGAUUAUUGUGUAUCUUGUUGCAGAGUACAUUUGUUACAGAGUUGACCUCUUUUCUUGACACUAAUAUACCUGCCAACUUUUUCUGAGCCAAUUAUGUGAAAUUUUGGUUGUGUCAUGACCAGAAUUAAGAUCAAUGUUUUAUAAAGUCCGCAAGUGUGGGACUCACGCAUAGUGCGCAAGGGUUGGCAGGUAUGCACUUAUAUGGUGAUCAGCUGCGUCGCAUGCAGUGACCGUCUUCCCAUAUCUUAAAUGUAUCUAUGGUGUUUUUUUUCUGUCAACAGUAUACACAGCCAUCUCCAGAUGCUAUCAGAGUUCUGCGAGGACAUCAGCUGUCCAUCACAUGUCUCUGUAUAUCACUUGAUGACAAAUUUGUCUUUUCUGGUUCAAAAGACUGCUCCAUUAUUAAAUGUAAUGUGGUCCCAUUUUGUUUCUUUCUUUUUGGAAAAUAAUGAUUUCUGGGAGCGGUGUUUUUAGUCAUUGGCACAAGUGACUCAGAAACAAAAAAUCUGCAUAUUUUCUCCCAAAAGGAGUUGAACCAAUGGCCUUGUGGGCCUAUUUGUUUGAAGGCCAAUUAGCGCAAACCCAGGGUUAGAUUUUAAUACAGGUUUCUUUUUCUUUUUGUUCAAAAGCAUUUUCAUGGGUAAUUUUUUCUAUUCUAUGAAGAGUAUCCAAUCUUCAAAUUGUAGAGAAAAAGAAUUAAACUGAAUUUGCUUUUUAAGUUUUUAUAACUGAAUUCAAAUUUUGCACUAACCCGGGUUAUCACCCAUAUCUUAACACAGCUUUGAAUAACCCAUUCCUGGUUACUAGUCCAGUUGUUCUACCACUGAGCAUCAAGAAACGUGUUGCAACUAUUAUCGACCAUUGUAGGGGUGGGAGAAGGGAGAAAGGAAGGUAUACAUCACUAGAAAAGAAACGUACCACAUAUAAAACAUCAGAACUAGGAAACCAGUAUGAUUUUGUGCAUUCCUUGACAGGGAAUCUAGAAACAGGGGAGAAAGAAGGGAAAAUCUUGGGUUGCCACAAAGCCAGCAAAGGAAGCAAAGGACACUCUGGUCAUGUACUGUCUCUCACUGUUACCACAGAUAACAAGUUUUUGGUAAGCAUUAAAAUUAAGUUAUAACGAAAAUCCUCUUUCACUUGUACAGUAACGUAUUAAGAUUACGAAUUACUUUCAUCUAGAAAAUUAGAGUCAAGUCAGUUGUAAUGUGAAGAAGAUUAAUUUUAGUCCUCACACUUGUUUAUGAGUGUAAUUAAAUCUCACAAGCUGUACAGCUGACUUGUGUCCAUUUUUCUUGACUAAAUAGUGAGAAAAUUUUGUUUUUUUGUUCUGUUUUGUUCACAUUUUGUUAAUGACUUUUAUUGACAUCUUUAAAUGUGGUGUGACAAUUCUAUUUCCUAUAAUAUAAUGAUUUAUCUUAGGCUAGUGGUGGAAUGGACAAAGUAAUUCACAUAUGGGAUCCUGUUUCACUUCAACAUAUUCACACAUUCAAAGGCCACAAAGAUGCAGUGUCGGUGAGUUUAUUUCUUCUUUGCAGAAAUGUUUUUUGCUGUCUCCUACACUGUCUCUUGUUUGUCAUGCAAUGCCCCCAAGUAUUGGUUGUGUAGAAAGCAAACCACCAAAAUUGACAAAAUUGGCACAUGAAUGCUCACCAAAUCUGGGAUGUGGGCAAUAUACCAGUAUACUGUAACUGCCAAGUGAUGUCUUUAAGACUGAAAAGGUUUUAAUUUUUGUUCUUUACAGUUCAAAGUUGCUGAAAAAAAAUUCUAGAGAUUUUUGAAAUGUCUCACCUUUUAGUAAAAUCCAACUAGUGGUCUAUUAUCAAUUCUGCAUUCUGAUUGGUUGAGCUACUACUAGGCUAUAUGUUAUAGCCCACUGGUAGCGAAAAUCACCAGCUUUGAAAACCAAAACAAUGGCAGCUGAUCGCGUUUUACUAGCUAAAGUCGUUUUGUCUCGAUAUUUUUGACCAACUUGUUGAAUUAUUAUGCCUCUCUCCCUCAUGGCCUCUGAGUCAACAGACCACUUUAAUUAUUAUGACAUUUUUGUUUUUAGGGUGUGGCUUUUAGACGAGGAACUCGCCAACUAUUCAGCUGUUCUCAUGAUCGUACUGUAAAAAUCUGGAAUUUAGAUGAGAUGGCAUAUGUAGAAACAUUGUAAGUGGCACCUAAUUUUGCCAGCUUUUGUCGAAUCUUUCUUAGUCAUUCUUUUUGUCAAUAGAGCAAGAAAAUUUAACAUAUUAUCAUUAAAGCUGUGAAUUCAACCACCUCUGCUUGUACAUAUUUUGGCCUGUUGCCAUUGUUGUUAUAUUCUCUUGGUAGACACUAAGGCUUGCUUAUUUAAGCAAAGUCAGUAACUUAUGCCAUGGUUUAAGAAAUCAUUGGACCGACAGAUCUCUUUCUAGGUGGGUUAUUUUAAGAAGGUAUGUUUGUCCUGUCUACCCUGUUGCUUCCAUGAAACUGUUUACAAUAACCGGUGUUCAAAUAAAAGCGUUGAGCAAAUGAAAAUGGCUCAGAACACGGUUUUGUUAAACACCAACUAAACUGCGUUCAAAUAACCAGCCCUAAAUGUGCUAGCCAGAGUAUUGUGUUUUUUCUUUAAAAGAAAAAGAAAAAUUCUUACACCACCUCAUGAUAUCCAAGUAAAUAAUUUAAUAUUAAUGGAACCGAUGAUAUGAAUGUUUUUAUCUGUAGUGUAUUAUUCCAUGUCAUAAUUAAGGGGUUUGAUUUCUAUUGUCCACUGCAAACUGAAUGAUCUAGAUUUGGACAUGAGGACAGCGUGACAGGCAUUGAUAGUUUAUCACGUGACAGAGCUGUAACUUGUGGAGGCAGAGAUAGAACUCUACGUGUGUGGAAAGUAGUGGAGGAAUCACAGUUGGUUUUCAAUGCACAGGGAAACAUGUAAGGUUUACAAAUAAAUUUUAAGUAGUAACAGUUCUUUAUACAACGUUUAUUUCAGGAAGUGUAAUAAAAGAUAUUAAAACAAAAAGAAAUUGAUGACAGGUGUUAAACAUUAACAUUUUUUUUGAAAGGUAUAGGCAAGCUCUGUCUUCAAAAUUGUCUGCUUCCCAACCCCAUGCACACUGGAACUUUUGCUCACUUCACAUGUGGUUGGUGCUUGAGCAAUUUAAGGAAGAAGUGAGACCCUUGUUAGGGGGGGGUUUCAUAUAUCCCUAGUCUGAAUUUCAAAUCCUUUCAUUUUGCGUAUUGAAGAGGAAACAGGCAUUCAGCCAUAUGCUGAAAACUGGCCCUACAGAUGGUAUGUUUUCCCAUAAAAUUAUAAGGAUGAAGAGAUUAAGUGAAUUUUCCUUGUAUUUCUUCCAAAAAUGGGCAUCCAUAGGAUGGGGGGCUGGACACUCUUCUGGCUAAAAUCUUGAGAGAAAUCGUUGUUGGUAUUUAACUAUUGCAUUUGGUGUGCACUUUCUCUGUUGCUGUCACAGUUUUAUCUUUAUGUUCUUUGUUGACACUUCUGCUGCCCUAUGUUGCUGUUUCGAGGGCAUGUCGACUAGCGGAAUCUUACCCUAACAGGGGCCUCAGAAGUUGAAUGCAUUUUAACUGAUUUAUGUUAACUUCUAGGGGGUCACUGGAUUGUGUUCAUCUUAUUAAUGAAGAGCACAUGGUUUCAGGAGCAGAUAAUGGGUAAGUCUAAUGUACAACUUGUGUUAGAACUUCUGGAAGUGUAUAUUCUAAACUUCUAGUUUGUGCCACUUUGCGUUUUCAUCAGCUCACUUUCAUUAUGGAGUGUUUCCAAGAAGAAGCCAUUAUGUACAGUACCAAAAGCCCACAGUAAACCUGAAGGCAGUCCUGAAGAAAACAUUCCUGAUGAGAGUUGGAUAACGUCACUUGCAACCCUACGUAGUACAGAUCUUUUGGCUUCAGGUAAGAAGAAAAAUAAUGAUCAUAAUAAUAGGAAUCCCAGCCUGCAUCAGGUCUUGAAGUCAGCCAGUCAGUCAAGUCUGCUAGUCAGUCAGUCAGUCAGUCAAAUCAGUCAGUCAGUCAGUCAAGUACUGUAAGCUAGUCAGCCAAUCAAGUCAGCCAGUCAGUCAAGUCUGCUAGUCAGUCAGUCAGUCAGUCAACUCAGUUGGUCAAGUCAGUCAGUCAGUCAGUCACGUACUGUAAGCUAGUCAGCCAAUCAAGUCACCCAGUUAGUCAAGUCAGACAGUCAGUCAAGUCAGCUAGUCAGUCAGUUAAGUCAGCUACGUCAGUCAGUCAGUCAGUCAGUCAAGUCAGCCAGUCAGACAAAUCAGCUAGUCAGUCAGUCAAGUCAGCUAGUCAGUCAGCCAGUCAGUCAAGUCAGCUAGUUAGUCAAGUCAACUAGUCAGUCAGUCAAGUCAGCUAGUCAGUCAAGUAAGCUGGUCAGUCAGUCAAGUCAGCCAGUCAGCCAAGUAAGCUGGUCAGUUAGUCAAAUCAGCCAGUCAGACAAAUCAGCUAGUCAGUCAGUCAAGUCAGCUAGUCAGUCAGCCAGUCAAGUCAGCUAGUCAGUCAGUCAAGUCAGCUAGUCAGUCAAGUAAGCUGGUGAGUCAGUCAAGUCAGCCAGUUAGUCAAGUCAGCUAAUCAGUCAGUCAAAUCAGCCAGUCAGUCAAGUCGGCCAGUCAGUCAGUCAAGUCAGCUAGUCAGUCAAGUAAGCUGGUGACAGUCAAGUCAGCCAGCCAAUCAGAGAAGUCAGCUAGUCAGUCAGUCAAGUCAGCUAGUCAGUCAAGUAAGCUGGUGACAGUCAAGUCAGCCAGCCAAUCAGAGAAGUCAGCUAGUCAGUCAAGUAAGGUGGUGACAGUCAAGUCAGCCAGCCAAUCAGAGAAGUCAGUUAGUCUGUCAUCUCAUGUCAGUCAAUUCAGUCAUUUUAGUUUGUCUGCCAUAUGAGUUACUUAGUCAGUCAGGCCACUUCAUAUCAAUUUAGUUUGUCAGUCAUCUCAACCAGUUAAUGCUCAUUCAGUCAUUCAAGAUAAUAACAUGUACCCAAGUCAGCCAGUGAAGUCUGUCAAGUCAGUAAGGCAUGUUGGUCAGUUACACAUGUUAAUAAGUUUAGUUAGUCGGUCAGUCUAGUCCACAGCAUUUGGUGUUGUUUAUGUUUUGACUAAACUGUUCAAUAACUGGACGCUCAUUUACUAAACCAAAAAUUCUUGGUUGUAAGCUAAAAUGUGGAGAAGCAUCUCAUCAAAAAACAUGAUUUUUUUUUUUUUUGCCAGCAGGAUCUUGUGAUUCUUGCAUAAAACUCUGGGAGUGUGGAGAAGGCUUCAGAAAUCUUAAACAGCUCUUCUCAGUACCAAUGGUAAGAUACUCACAAAGCAAUAGACGUAUCGAGUUUGACAGUGUCUACAGGCAUGCUCCUCAAGUGUUGCCUAGUCCCUGUAUGGCGUUUUCGCAGUCCCUAUCGGUCAAUUCAUUUCGGUGACGUAUCCAAGGCGAACGGGCAGGAAACACAUUUUCACUUGGACCAUGUGACCCGAAACACUUUGGCCGCGUGGAAUAAUGAGGCCUAGGGACUAGGUAACCUGAAGCAUAUAACUUGAAAAGUCAUCACGACUACCUCCUCAGGCAAAGUAGCAUGCGUCACAGAUGUAAUCUCACCCCAGUUAGUAACAUCUGCAAAGUAGUGACAAUAUACUUGUUCUCAACACACAACAGACUCAACAAAUUACCGGAAAUGCAUUUCAAAUUUCCCUCCAAUCUGAUUGGUAAAUUUACAAUGGGGGGGCUUUUUUUAACAGAACAAUCAUGUUGCAUACUCAAAUUGGGGCCCAGAGAAAGGAUUUCUGCACUGUUUCACAGACAGGCUUAACCAGACAUUUUCCUUCCUCUGUGGCCAAAGCCUCUUUGUCUUAAUUUUUACUAAUUUUGUGGAACAGUUUAAUUUGCAGUAUUGUCUGAAGGAAUUUGGUCAAUUAACACAUGGUCCUUUAUAGUAUUAAGCAAUGUCCUUGAAUUUAAUUCGUUUUUUCAUAAACUAAGUGUGGUUGGCACAAACCUAGGAUAAAUUGGGACAGAACAAAUUGACCAAAGUACUGCCAUUAUUAUUACUGCAUUUUGGUUUACAGGGCAACUCUCUGACCUGUGGUAUUGCACCAAGUUCACUUAUAUGUCAAUGGAACUCUCAGUUUUUUGUUUCCUUGUUAGGUUGGCUUUGUAAAUGCCUUGGAAUUCUCUAAUGAUGGAAACACACUGAUAGCAGGGAUAGGACAGGAACACAGAUUGGGACGAUGGUGGAAGCUAAAAAAUGCAAAAAACUGUUUAUGUGUUAUACCAUUAAAAAGGACAGAACAAAAUGGUCAUAAAGCAUAAUAAAAUGUUCUCAAAUGUUUUCCUG